CUGUGAGCGAGCGAGUGUGAUGUGAUUGGCUGGCGGUGUCGUCUCAGAGACGCAAUGAAUGGCAGAUUCCUGUGAGCGGUCCCGCGGUGGUCGGAGCCGGACUGAAGAGCUCUGUGUGUCCGUACGGAAGCGCCUCUCUCCGCUCCUGCAUUCAGUGCUCACCAUGACAACAGCGGCGCAGACGCAGGAGCUCUUCCGGCGCGCGGAGGCCGUGUGCUUUGACGUGGACAGCACCGUGAUCCGCGAGGAGGGCAUCGAUGAGCUCGCCAAGUUCUGCGGCGUCGGGGACGCGGUCACGGAGAUGACCCGGAAGGCCAUGGGUGGCUCCGUGUCAUUUCAGACGGCCCUGAGUGAGCGUCUGUCCAUCAUCAAGUGCUCAAGGGAACAAGUCAACAAACUGAUAACUGACCACCCGCCUCAGCUGACCCCGGGUGUCAGGGAGCUCACGGAGAAGCUUCAUCAGCGCAACGUGAAGGUGUUCCUCAUCUCGGGCGGUUUCCGCUGCAUCGUCGAACACGUGGCGUCGCAGCUCAACAUUCCUCUCCAUCACGUCUACGCAAACCGCCUCAAGUUCUACUUCAACGGAGAAUACGCCGGGUUUGACGAAUCUCAGCCCACUGCGCAGUCCGGCGGGAAGGGCAGAGUCAUCAGCCUGCUGAAGGAGCAGUACGGCUUCAAGAACAUCGUGAUGAUUGGAGACGGAGCCACUGAUCUGGAGGCCUGUCCUCCCGCGAGCGCUUUCAUUGGUUUUGGUGGGAACGUGGUGCGGCAGCAGGUGAAGGAGAAGUCCUCGUGGUACGUCACAAGUUUCGGGGAGCUGCUCAAGGAGCUGGAGAAGAUCUAAUGAUAGUGACUGAAAACAUCCUGGAGCGCACAACACAGAGUUUAGCAUACUCUAUGGUCAUGCACUAGCUUUGUGCCUUUCCUAGUUUUACCUAAUGCACAAUUUUUAAUGUUCAGAUGUUUUUAGAGUUUAUAAUUGAAAUUGUUUCUGUAGAAGAUCAUGCAAACCAGCAGAGUUCAGUUUGCAGGAUCCGUUUUCUGUGAUGUACUGUACGGUUAGCAUUUUAAUGGUAUUGACUCAUGUUUGGAUGUCGAACUUUGAGAGAACACUAUAUUUUUCCUUGAUAAUGAUUAUUUUAUAACUAACAACUGUCCACUUCAGUAUGCAUAUUUGAAAAUGAGCAUUUCUAAUAUUGCUCAGCAGAUAAUAAAAUACUUAACAGCG